GUUAAAUGUAUAAUGUUUAGUUUUUAGAGUUGCCUAAUUUCACAAUAGAUGUCGCUGUUCUAUCGGCUGCUUCGCGCUGUUAAGAUUUUUCCACAGCCCCGUAUAUAGUAAAUUUGGUUUCGGAAUAAAUGAGUAUUAAGUUGUCAAGUGAAGUGUUUCAUUACAAAAGGUAGGAAGUGCAGUGCAGUAUAGUGAGUGAACAUUGGUCCUUCGGAACAUAGGAUAAUCGUGAGUACAGUGACAGUGGAAAUAAAUGUGAAGUGUCAAAGACUUAGUUAAUUUUCGCGGUAACAAACACUUAGAAUAUUUCGCGUGAAAAAAGACAUAGUGCAAUUUCGAGUGAAUUUAGGACUUAGAAAAAAACCGCUGUAAAAACACUUAGAAUAAUUUGCUUAAAUUUGGACUUAGUCGAUUUUGUGGAUUCUUGGACAUAGCGUAAUUUCGGUUGAAAAAUUACUUUGAAAAAUUGUGUUCAAAAAUAAACUUAGAAUAAAAAUAGACUUUGAAAUCUGUCAUUCACUUAGCAAAUUUUAAACAAUAAUGGCUAACAUAGCAUCACAAGAAGAACUUUUUAGUCAGAUUAAAAGACUUCUCACUAAUCAUAAGAAAACUUCGUCAACGCGUUACACAGCAAGUUACUUGAAAAUACGCAUAGAGUCGCUAGAAGAGUAUUGGAAUCAAUUCCUUACUGAACACCGAGAAAUUCUGAAGUCUUCAGUAAACGUUGAAGAGAAAAAGGAACUGAAAGCGCUCUAUAAUGAUGUCGAAGAUUUCUAUAUGGAGUUCAAGACUAGUUUAUUGGAACUGACGGAAUCUGUCAUAAUUCAAGAAGGUGCCUCACCUCAAGUGCCUCAUGCAUCUCAACCUCAAGUUGUCACAAAGAGUAAACUCCCACCGAUAAAUCUCCCUUCGUUUUCCGGUGAUUACCAAGAAUGGAUGCACUUUAAGGAUUUGUUUAUCUCUAUGGUACACAAUGAGCCGGGUCUGAGUGACAUACACAAGCAUCAUUAUUUGAGGUCAAGCUUGAAGGGUGAAGCCGAACAAGUCGUCCGUCAUUUCGAACUCACAGCUGCCAAUUAUGGGAAGGCUUGGAACGCCUUAGUCUGCCGCUACAGCAAUGAUAGAGUGAUAGCUAAUAUCAUACUGAAUCGCCUGCUCAAUCAGAAGAAACUCACAUACGAAUGCUCUAAAGGCCUCAAGGAUCUUCUUGAUACUACAAACCAGUGUCUCAGUAGUCUAACGAAUUUGAAGAUUGACAUAACUACUUGGGAUUCGAUUAUCGUGCAUAUUGUGGUAUCCAAGUUAGAUAGUGAAACUCACAAAGCUUGGGAGCAAUCACUUGGAUCUUCUAUAGAGUUACCCACUUAUAACAAGCUCACAUCAUACUUAGAGGGACGAUUCAGAGCGAUGGAAAUGGUACAAGCGACACAAAAGAAAGAUAAGAAAGAGACCACAUUUCAACAACCAGCUACUGCACCUAAAAUAAAGAAUGUGAGAUCUUUCACCGCUGAAGUUGAUACGGAAUGCACAUAUUGUAAGAAAAGUCACUACAUCUGUCACUGCACUGAAUUUGCACAACUCGACAUAGAUCAACGUAAAGAAUUUGUAAAGAACAACAACUUAUGCUUCAAUUGCCUUGUCAAAGGACAUUCCAUACGGAACUGUAGACAAGUCACAACAUGUAGAACCUGUAAUCGCAAACACCAUACGCUUUUGCACUACCAGAGUAUAACUGCGAAUACAGUCACGAUGGAGACACCCACAGAAUCUGAAGACACACAAAUUAAGGAACUCACAAGUCUGAAGGUUUCACAAAAAGGCAAACAAGUGAUAUUAGCCACAGCACAGAUAUAUUUGAAGGAUAGCAGUGGUUCUCUCGUACAACUUAGAGCCCUUAUUGACCAAGGCUCAGAAGGCACCUUCAUUACGGAGUCGGCAGUGCAACUGCUACGACUGAAGAAAACAUUCCAGCCAGCUAGUAUCACAGGCCUUGAAAAUCAAGCUACACUGCCACGAUACGUCGUUAACUUAGAUAUUCACUCACCGAUAGACACUCACUAUGUAAUGCAAGUUGACGCUCACGUACUCUCGAAGAUUAAUAGUUGGCUACCCUCAAAGGAGUUUGACAUCUCACAAUGGCCUGCCCUGUCCCAAUUGCAACUAGCGGACCCUCACAUGCAAUCGCCGGGACCUAUUGAUGUUCUACUGGGCGCCGAGGUCUAUGCAUUUAUUUUGCUAGACGGACUUCACAAAUAUAACGAUGACAAGCUUAUAGCACAAAACUCGAAACUCGGAUGGUUUAUCUCUGGAGCGUCUAAACCACGAAGCGAUCUGCCACCUCACAAUAUUGUAGCACAUCACGCACUUAUCGAGGUAGAUCAACUCCUACGCAAAUUCUGGGAGACUGAAGAGUACAAGCCUCAUGAAAAACCGAUGACACAUCUUGAGACACAAUGUGAAGAGCACUAUAAAGAAACUCACUCCAGACAAGAAGAUGGUCGUUACGUCGUACACUUACCGUUUAAAGAUGACCACGAAAAGAACUUAGGCGAUUCUCGACAUAUCGCACUACAGAGACUAAUGCACAUGGAGAAAAGAUUUGCAAAUAAGCCUAAAUUUCAGAAAGAUUACGCGGACUUCAUAGAUCAAUAUCAGAAGCUGAAUCAUUUACAAGAUGUAGACCCACAACAUAAGCCAACUCACAAAGUCUACCAUCUCCCUCACCACGCUGUAAUAAGAGAAUCCAGCAGCACAACAAAGCUGCGUGUUGUCUUUGAUGGGACUGCACAGCCGUCAAAUGGCUCAUCUCUGAACGAUGAAUUACUCAUCGGACCAUCACUAUUGCAAGACUUACGAGAUCUCAUUGUUCGUUGGCGUACUCACAAGAUUUGUCUGCUUGCUGACGUAAAGCAAAUGUAUCGCCAAAUACUCGUCGCUAAAGAAGAUGUUGACUAUCAGCGCAUACUGUGGCGCUCAUCUCCACAAGAUGAAAUCGUCGAGAAACGUUUGUUAACUGUGACAUAUGGUACGUCAUGCGCUCCCUUCCUCGCUAUUCGCACACUAAAGCAGCUUGCACAAGAUGAAAAAGAGGAAUUCCCAGACUUAGUUGAAGUCAUAAGUAAUGACUUUUAUAUGGAUGACUUACUGACAGGUGCGAAUGACGUGGAACAAGCUACUAAGUUACAGAGUCGUAUCACACAAGCUAUGGCUAAUGGUAAAUUUGAAAUGCACAAAUGGGCAUCCAACAGUCCUGACGUCUUGAAGAAUAUUCCUAGCUCAGAAAAAACAAAUCAACCAAGUGUCGAGAUCAAGCUUGAUGAUACCAUCAAAGCUUUAGGUAUCAAAUGGAACUCACAUCAUGAUGUCUUCGAACUUAAGGUCGCUCUCAUUGCAGAAAAGAUGGCUGAAAGCCGUAUGAGAUGGUUCGGGCAUGUGAUGAGACGUAACGAAGAGUAUGCGGUCAUAAAAGCCCUGGCCAUCCCAGAGAAAACGAACGGCAAAGGGAGGUCGCUAACCACGUGGUGGACAACCGUUACCAAAGACAUGGAGCGGGCGCAGACUAACAUAUCGACAACCCAGGACAGAAAAACCUGGCGCCUUCGAACGAGGAGGGCCGACCCCAAAUAA